AUGAAGAUUUUAUGGCUAUCUAAUAAUUAGUUUAAUAAUAAUUUUAGCAAUAAUAGAAAACAAGAGUAAUCUAAAAUUGAAUAGGAACAUAAGAUCAUAUAAAUUAAAGAAAUUAAUUAAAAAGAAAAUUUACUAAAAGCCUAAAUAAAUGAAUAUAAUAAAAGAAAUAAACAAAAAUAAAAUAAAAACAGUCAAAAGGAGUACAGAAUAUAAUUGAUUAGACUUAGAUUGUAUAUAUAUAAANUCAAAAAGUUUUUUUAAAGACCAAAUUUAAAGAAUAUGUCAGAAUUACCUUAAACUGAUAUACAACAACAACAAGAACCCUAUACAAAAGUGGAUAAUAUUGAUGAGUCUGAAAAUUAUCAUGAACAUUCAGAAGAGCAAAUACUAGCUAUCUCAGACAAUAUAUAAGAAACAAUAAGUUAAUCUAUUGAUAUUUUCCUUUACAGACUCAAGACUACUAAAGAUUUAGAGGAGCUUUAUCAUGAUGAUCAACUUAUUAUACUAUUUAAGAGUUUUAAACUUGCAGAGAGAUACACUGUAAUAUAAAUAUAAUAUGAAUUCAAAAUGAAGAAGAAAUCAAUAAACGAAUUUUUAAAUUAUACAUAUCUCACUCAAAUUGAUUAAUUUACUACUUUGUAGACAACUAGUGAUUAUUAAUUAAUUUAUGCAAGUUUCAAGAAAAUUUAAUUUGUUGACUCUAGAGAAUAUGUUUUUAUCAAAUAUUAGAAGCAGAUUUGCAAAAAUAAAUAUAUCUAAGUACUGCGCUCUAUUAACACUGAAUAAUCAUAGUAAACUACAAGAGGAAUCAUUUAUAUAAGUGGCUUUCUUUUGGAAGAAAUUCAAAAUUAAGAAAUAAGAGUCUAAGCAUAUGCUGAAAUCGAUUUUAAAAUUAGAUUACCUCCUGGUAUGUUAAAGAAAGCAUUAACUAUUGAGCUUAAAAGGGCUCUUUAAUAAUUUAUUAAUUGA